GUAUUGCGCAGCCAUGCCGCUUAGCAUGGCUGAUGGUGUUGUGCCUGCUGCUGCUGCUGCUGCUGCUGCUGCGGCAUACGUCUUCCCGUGCGUUGACAACGCGUGUGCCUCCUUUUUCGUGUCCUCCAUCAUCUUUAUCAGCUUUUUCCAUGGUGUCUGCCGUAGGUCGAUCGCGGUAUCCGAGAGGCCGAACAGGACGCGUCCUGCAAAGUCGUAGAGGGUUUGGACGAUCGCAUUCAUCUCGAGGGAUUGGAUUGGCUUAUUCCGCAGGAGGUCUUGUAUGCCGUGUGCUUCGUUGACGAGGUCUUGGACGUCCUGGUGGACGUUCUUGAUGGG